AUGUUUAAAUUUGCAAUUUAUUUUUGUCUCUUACCAAUACUAUUAACAAUAUGUUCGUAUAUUCCACCUAAAAUAACUAUUCAACGUUUAUCAAAACAACCAAUUAUAUCUUAUUGGUCUAAUCAAUCACAAUUUCGAUUUAAUUAUAAUAGUGCUUUUCUUCCAUUACCUGAUGGUAGUAUUGCUCUUGUUGUUCGUGUACAAGAUUUAUUACCAAAUGCUACAUCAAAUUAUGAUGUUGGUCCAUCAAAAUUAGCUAUUGUACGUCAAUUAAAAAAUAGUCUUACUAAAUAUGAAUAUGUACAUAGUGAACAGAUUAUCAUUGAUUCUGAUGAUCGUCCUUAUCAAGUUGCAGGUGUUGAAGAUCCUCGAAUUACAAUUGUAAAUGGUACUUAUUAUUUAUAUUAUACAGCAGUUUAUUGGACUCCUUCACAUGAAUGGAGUGCACAUGCUGCAUUAGCUACUUGUCAAUCAGGUAAAGAUCCAACAAAAAAAGAAAAUUGGAUUUUACAUCCAGCAUUAUUUCCUGAAUUAUCAUGGAGUAAAGCAGCAACAUUACUUAUUCAUAAUGCUACACAUCAAUAUGUUUUUUUUAAUGAAUCUAA